AGCGUCGGGACGACGCUUGAUUUUCUCGCCUACACUUGUCGCUUGUAGGAAUUUUUCCACCAAUUUUUCCUGCUUCGUUUUUCUUCGUUUCUUUUUUUCAUUCGAAAAACUCGAGUCGGUUUUUCCCAUCUAUUUUACUUCUCUUUAGAACUUUCGUAUUACACUACGUUGUCGAACAGUGCGGCUGGAGUUGAAGAAGAAAAAAAUUGAAUAAAAAUUGAAUAGAAAUAUAUUGUUCAGUGGAUGUUGCGAGCAUGUUUCGUAACUGUGAAUUUUACCUCAGUGCACCGAUCGCCACGAUGAUUAACGUGAAUUUUUUAACGCACGAUGAGCACAGGAAUUGAACAGUGAAUUUAGUGCGAAUUUUGCGCAAUCUAGUGGAUGAAUAUCGCUCAAGAUAACGAAAUAUUAUAGUUUUAUUAUUUAACUAAUUUGUGUGAGACGAUAUUUGGUUGAAAGUAUGAUUAUCGUGCGAUAAAUUCUGGAUAAAUUCGCACGUUGUACAACAAAAACAGUAAUAUUUUGUGUCCUUAAAGUGGAAGGAGAAAUAUGUAUACCUAUUAGUACAUGUGUAUCCCAGUUCCACUGUUAUCUUAUUAUAUGUUCGUGUCACAUGGAACGGUGUUGACACUUGUCUCCGUAGUGGGUGAUAAUACAGUGAAUCCAGUGUGAUUUGAAGAAAUUUUUUCAAUACAAGUGAAAAGGAAAAGGAAGGCAACACCACAAUGCUGACUUCAAGUGCGAAUCAGUAUCUCCGUCCGGAAUAUCUUACCCCUCUGCCAACAACGCUCGAUGCGAAGAAAAGCCCGUUAGCGUUGCUGGCGCAAACAUGCAGCCAAAUAGGCGCAGACCCUCCAUCAAGUAAGUCUCUACUGGCGCCGCUGGAUAAAUCCGCAUCAUUGAAAGCGCCAAAAUCAGACCAUCAUCAACAGCAGCGGGAAAAGUCAUCUCCGAGCACAACUUCCGCCCCAGAACCAUCCUCGGUGCGCUCGAGCUUCAAACCGUACGAGUCGUGCCUGGGUCGAGAAAAGGCCUCGAGCCCAGAAGAGCAGCAGCGAGCCCCGUCGAGCCACUCGUCGUCGGGUCGAGCGAGAACACCGGGAAGUGGGGGAAAGCGGUGCUCAAGCAACCAGAGCGCCUCAUCGGCGCGCGCAGCUACGCCACAGGGCCGAAAGACGGCGACACCCGGCGGUGAGGCAGCGCGCUCGUCGCCGUCGGGCCGUUCGGGCCCAGCUGAGGCCCAAGCAGCGGCGAGCAGCCCUGCUCCGUCGGGAAAGCCAGCGUACAGCCCGGCCGGCGUGCUGGCGUUAACGGACCCCGCGCUGAAGGACCUGCCGCUCGGAACGUUCAAGACGGGGGCCGGACCGCCGUCGACGUCAGCAGCUUACAUGGGCUAUCCGGGCCAGCUGCCGAUCGACGUGAUGGCGAGUUCGCUGAUGUCGCAGCACCACGCUGCGCUGAAGAGUAGCUUGGGAAAUCCUUACCUGGGAUACGCGCGGAUGAAGACCGCCUCGGGGGCUGACGCCCUGGUCCCAGUUUGCCGCGACCCUUACUGCACGGGCUGCCAACUGAACUCCCAGCUAUUGGCGACCUCCGUGGCCAGUAAAAUCCCAACCACCUCCGCCGGCUGUCCCGCCGGAUGCGCCCAGUGCGACCACAAGUCGGGGCCCGCCUCGCCAUACGGGCCGCUUGGGAGCCACGGGCCCGUUGCCGCCGCCUACGCGCACGCGCAGCUAGCCGCUCUGGCCGCCGCCUCCCAGUUACCCUACGUCUGCAACUGGAUAGCCGGAGACGGCGCCUACUGUGGCAAGCGGUUCUCAUCCUCCGACGAACUCCUCCAGCACCUCCGAAGCCACACCAGCGUCUCCGGUGACCCCGCCGCCGCCCUUUCCCUCCUCUCGCCUCACGGUCUGCCCCCCUCCCAUCCCCUUCUAUCGAGGACCUAUCCCACCCCGCCCCUCAGCCCCCUAGCCACUGCACGCUACCACCCCUACGGUAAACCCUCGCCCCUCAUGCCUCCCUCAUUGUCAUCUCUCGGGAUUCCCAUGCCGCCCCACCCCCACCACCCACCUGGGCUUCCACCUUAUUUUUCACCCUAUUCGCUCUAUGCUGGACCCAGACUUGGAGCCGCUUCCGGAAUGCAUCCCUGAGGUUGAACGGAUUCGGGGAUGGGAGAUGUUUUUGGCCUGGAAACUGGGAGAUUGAUACCUUGAUAUCUUAAAUGUUUUAUUAUAUAUAUAUAUUUAUAUAUACACAUACCCGUUCGACUGUGAUUCAAGCGAGUACUGGUGCAGCCGCUUCCCUCAACUUUACACCACGAAAAGUAUCGCGUUAUCGACGCCGUAGGAAAUUACGGUGGAAUGGCCAGGAAGGCUUUGACUGGGUCGAUCAUUCGGAAUUUGAGAAUUUUUGCUAAACUGAAACAAAUUGUCAUAUAAAUUAAACUGAAGGUGAAUGAAAAAAAAAUUGGUAGUAGGUACUGCAAAAAUUUCAGCAGAUUUCUUUUAUAUCGCGAGUCUGGUGAAAGUAUCGAAAAUUUCUCGGUCCGUAAGAAAAGAUAGAAACGUACGCGGCCAAUAUCUGUUUCUUUCUAACCAGAAACGUAACUCUCGUAUUAAACGCACUUGAUGUGAAAUUUUUUUUAUCGAAAAUGGAUAGAAAAAAGACAUUGAGCGUUGAGUAUGGAAAACAUAUUAUUCUUAUUAUAUUCAUCUUAUCAAGCAACAGUUGCUUUGCUUUGUUCAUUAUAUCGAAUAAUUAUUAUUGUUAACGUCUUUGAAUACAAGAACUUAAACUCAUGUUGUUACAUUCCAUCUACUUGUGGAACGAUCUUCGAGGUUUUUCAUCUUCUCGCAGCUAUAAACUCUUAUACAUAUAUAAUUUAUAAACUUUGGUGAAAUGUGUUGCAGUACUUUUAAAUAAUCAUCGUCGUAUUCACCGAAAUCACUGCUUAUAUACGACUGCAAUUUACAUCAAUACAGGCUGUCGUGAGUUCACUUGAUGGUGAUAAAUUACUGACCCAUCGACCAACGACCAAUCAAAUACUUAGAAAGAGGAAGACAUUGGCCGCAUGUGUUUCCUUCUCUCUCACCUUCAGCAUUAUAACGGAAAGUACAGGGAAUGCACAGUUCAUGCUCUAUGCUUGGAGUCGGUACUUUCAUCAAAGACUCCCGGUAUAUUUUUGAAGAGUUGAUAAUAUAAUAAUUCCGCGAUGCUCAAAUAUACGUGAAAAUGAUGCAAGCGCAUGAUUUUUAUUAUUAAAAUACAAAAUGAUAUUGCAAACAUUCGGUCUCAAGUUCAUCAACACCUUACAUUGACUCUGAAUGUUGUAAAAUUUUCAACGAAGCUUCGUAAAAUGAAAUACCAACUAGUGAUACUUUAUUUAUUAGUCUAAUCGUUCAACGAGUUUAAUAUUAAAACUGGAUUAAAACUGAAUAAAUUUUCUUCCGAACUUGUCAAUAGUUAGUGUAUUUUCACUGUUCGGAUGAUAAUUAUUUUUUGUACGUAUCAUGUAUCAUAAUUUAGCGGUUAUCGAUAAAUUUCUCGCAUUUUAUGUCACGUGGAAAACUUGACGGGACGCUCAGUCAAAGCUUCCGUCUCACCCCGGAUCUGUACAAAAGUAUUGUAACAAGUAUGCCUAAAACUUCGAAAUCGACCUGCGAGCGUUGAGGAUUAAGAUUUUAAGGGGGACCGGGAGAAAUACGCGAUGUUUAACGAAUACUCUUGACAAUCCCUUGAUACGGGUAUAAAAAGGAAAAUUUGGCAAACACUGAAACAGUGUUGAAAAGAAUAAAGGAAGUGACAAAGAACCGUCACAUUUUUUACAAUUUUUUUCCUCAGAUGUCGCCUUACGAUUCAUCCCAGUCCCCUUGACUAUAUAAUUAUAAUAACCAUGAUGGCGAAGAUGAUGAAUGAGAAGAGCGAUCGAAUCUCACGGUAGCGAUGUAUAUGAUGAUAUUCGGUGUAUAAAUACACAAACGUUACAGUAACCAUCUGCGGUGGAAUGAUCGAGAAGUCAAAAGUUACGAUCGGUUUUCUCAGGCACCGUGCAGCCGAUAAAUGUGCAGGCGUGUAGUAAGUUUGACGUCAAGACAUUUUAAUGGAUCUCAAUUUAAGCUCAAUAUCUAAUUAAAGCUGCCACGCUCAGAGCGAGCGUUGCAACUUUUCAAAACACGAUCUGAUGUCAAUCGAUCAGUCUGUCUGCACUAUACGUACGUAAAUAUACAUAUAAAUAAAUAAACAAAUGGAUGAAUAAACAAAUAAAUUAAUUAACAAACCAACGUACAUACAUGUAUUAUAUUUAUAUGUACAUGUAUAUGAAAUACUCAUAUCCAGUAUCCUUGCAUUGUAAUUAUUGUAAAUUUGUUCAUAGCCGUCUAUAAAACUCGUUAUACAUAUGUUAUACAUUAUAUAUGAUAAAAUCUCGAUACACGAUAAUUAAUACUUUAUUAUAAACGAUGAUUAUGUAUCUAUAACGUGCAUUCUAUACGAGUGAAAUAAUAUAUUAUAAUAGUUGUAAUAUUUCAUCCUCCAUUUUUUUCGUAACCAAAGUUUCGUUGAGUAUCGGGUCGCCUAAUCAUUCGCGUGUUUAACAAUUGCACAUUAUGCAAAUAUCACAAAGCAGUAUCGCGGCUCUGAUGUAUUGCAAAUAUUUAACCCACGCGUUCAGAUACGUGUGUGUAUGUACAUGACGUUGUGAAAAUAUAACGAUUAUUAUCAAUAUACAAAUAUCGUGUUGUACAUAGUUUAAUCAUUAUCGCUAUUAUAUUAUUAUUAUUAUUAAUAUUUUUUUUUUAAUUGUUUCUUAUUAUACAUAUAUCGCGGCGUCCGUGCAUGCAGACAUUUGUGAAAUGUCCAUGUGAUUGCUCAGUCAAAUGUUAUCAUACGAAACACAAUAUGAUCCACGUAAUUUUUACCUUAUCAUACGUUACCGAAUUAUUGUACUGUUUGCGUACCUAUAUUAUAAUAUAUUCCAUGUAUUAUGAAUUUUGACCUCACCGCUGACGUACCUUUACUGCAUAUGGGUAAUAAAGAAGAAUGAAAAAUAAAGAAAUCUAUUGAAAUACAAAAAAAGCUCACAUGAAAAAUUAAAUCUCGUUCGAAAUAAUUGCCGAGAAAGAAGCCACUCAAAAUUAUUCACACCUGUGCAUGUAGAAUACUCGAUUUCAGAGUUGAGUUCUGGGAGACUUCACAAACGGUUAAUUAAAAUAUACCUACGAAUGUAACUAUAUAAUUGUUCUAUAUAUGCUGCUUACAUAAAAAUUGUUACGAUGCGUAUAUAAAAUAGUGAUUCCUUUGAACGUCGUUGAGAUUUGAAUUAAAAGAAAUAGUUUCUCAUUCUAA